AUGAAAAUCUUGAGAAUUUUAUGGUUUAGUUUGUCAUUAUUUGCCCUAAGGGAAUCGCUAUCCUUGAAAAUUUUGCCUGGAUAUGAGCGUUUGUAUUCUCAGCAGCGUCUAACUUGCCCUGGAAAUCAUGGAAUCUACACAUUUCAUGGCUCUGCCAACCCUUGUAUUUCAUUCAUUUCUGGCACUCGUUUGACUAACUAUGGUGGAUUAUCAGGCGUAGAAUUUAGUCAAAAGCAUGCUUCAUUGCGUAAUGUCAACGGUGUAGAGCCUGUCUGUGCGGAGACGAAAGAAGAAGGAAGAGAUUCUGAACUGCUUAAUGAUAAAGAAUCGGGUUCUCCCUCUAAAGAUGAACAGGAAACCUUGGUAUUUUCCGAUUUCUCGGAUUUGUACAAGGAUAUUCAUAUUCUGGACUCAAAAGAGAUGCCUGUAGAUAUAGAUGCUUCUGAACAAUCUACCGAGUAUGGCGAAGCUCCAAGUUCCGAGAGCGAUACUUUAUCUAAAAGGUUGUACGUAAAAAAACUAUUUAAGAAAGUUCCAAGAAUAGAUGAUACAAAGACCAUCUUGAUAAGGUCAAAGGCCUAUGUCAAGGGGAGAGUUGGAUCCAGAUCUGAACUCGCAUCCGGAAAUUCAAAUAAAGUUAGCACAAAAGAGCAGGAUGAUCAAACACCCGGGAACAAGAUUUUAUUUCCAGGUGUAUAUAAUGGACUUCAUCCCAUAAAACAUAUGAAGAAAAGAGUAUUAAGAGAAUUGAAGGUUAAAUUGGAUUUGUAUGCACAUGCUAUAACCCUUCAGUUGAAAAAUGUCACUACAUUUUAUAAACAACUUUUGCGCUAUAUUCACCCAUUCCAAUACCAAUUAUUAAACACAAUCUUGUAUGAUUGUUAUACAAACAGAAAGGCAAAAUUACCAUUUGAAAAGCUUAUGGCUAAACUUAAAUCAAUUAAAAAUGAAAUAAUAAGUAAAGUAAAUAAAAUUAAUGCACAAAUAGAAUUGAUUCCAAAGUGUAGAGAUGCAUUCAACGUUGUAAAGACAUACAUUUUUGAGUUGGACUCUAUGUAUUCAAAGGGGGAAGAAUAUUUUUCAUUAUACAGAUGGUAUGCAUCAAUUCUUGGAAGAAUACCCAUAAUUGAUAUAAAUAGACCGAUAGUUGCAGUUGUUGGUCAUGUAAAUAUCGGUAAAACAACACUAUUCCACAAGAUAGCCUCUACUCCCUUUUCUGAGAUGGAUUCUGAGAAAUCUGGAUCUAAUAUAAAACAAAUCGACAUUAUUUCCGGAGCUCUUGGAUUGAAAUGGAGUAAUUCUGUUGUGCGGAAAAGUAUGUCUAAGGAUGCCAAAAUAGCAGAUUAUAAUUUUACCACACGUUCCAUAAAUUUAUCGCAAGUACAAUACAAAAUCAAUAACUUUCUAUUUGAUGGCCAAAUUAUAGAUACACCUGGUAUGUUAUGGAGGGAUGGAAAGAGUAUUUUUGUCAAUCCAUACGAAAAGCUUACCUAUUCAACUCUAAAGGAUAUGCCUGUUGGAGUCAUAUUUUGCUUCGAUUUAUCAGAGGAUUGUUCACUUUAUGACCAAAUAAAACUACACAAUACACUGAGAGACAGAUUCCCUAAACGACCAUGGAAAAAUAUAAUUACCAAAGGUGAAUUUUUGCCAGAAGCUACCAAAAAACUCGAAGAAUUUGGAAUUGACGUGACAACACAAAAAAAUAUCUUUGAUGAAGUACAGACGAUGUUUAGGUCUCUUCAUACUAUAUUACAGUUAUAG